CGGGACAUGAGGGAGGAGCCCGGCACAGACAAUCAAGUCCAGUGUGCGCCACCACCAACAUCAGAAAAGAACAGAAUAAAGACAUCUGCAUCAACCGAGACCUAACCAUGUCUUACCAAGGCAAAAAGAAUAUCCCAAAGAUCACUAGCGAGAGGCUUCUGAUUAAAGGUGGUCGUAUUGUGAACGAUGACCAGUCCUUUUAUGCAGACAUCUAUAUGGAGGAUGGAGUCAUCAAGCAAAUUGGUGACAACUUGAUAGUACCAGGAGGGGUGAAGACGGUUGAGGCCAAUGGGAAGAUGGUGAUUCCUGGAGGAAUUGACAUCCACACCCACUUACAGAUGCCCUUCAGGGGCACGACAACCGUGGAUGAUUUCAGCCAGGGCACCAAGGCUGCUCUUGCUGGAGGAACUACCAUGAUCGUGGAUCAUGUGAUCCCGGAGCCUGGCGCUAGUUUGGUGGAAGCGUUCGAGCGCUGGCGUGAAUGGGCAGAUGAGAAAACCUGCUGUGACUACUCUCUGCAUGUGGACAUCACACACUGGAACGACAGCACCAAACUAGAGGUCGAGAGCCUCAUUAAGGAGAAAGGAGUGAACUCCUUCCAGGUGUAUAUGGCUUAUAAAGACCUCUAUCAGAUGAGCAACAGUGAGCUUUAUGAGAUCUUCACCUUUCUUGGAGAGCAUGGAGGAAUUGCACAGGUCCACGCAGAAAAUGGAGAAAUAAUAGCUGAGGAGCAGACCCGUAUGCUGGAGAUGGGCAUCACAGGACCUGAGGGACAUGUUCUCAGCCGCCCGGAAGAGCUAGAGGCUGAGGCAGUGUUUCGAGCCGUCACGAUUGCCAGUCAAACCAACUGUCCUCUCUAUGUGACCCGCGUGAUGAGCAAGAGUGCGGCUGAUAUCAUCUCACAGGCCAGGAAAAAAGGUAACGUGGUGUUUGGGGAGCCAAUCACGGCCAGUUUGGGAACUGACGGGACUCAUUAUUGGAGCAAGAACUGGGCUAAGGCUGCUUCUUUUGUGACAUCACCACCCCUCAGUCCAGACCCAACCACUCCAGACUACCUGAACACCCUGUUGUCCAGUGGGGAUCUGUCGGUGACGGGUAGUGCUCACUGCACUUUUACCGUGGCUCAGAAGGCCAUAGGGAAAGAUGACUUCACUCAGAUUCCUGAAGGAGUGAAUGGAGUCGAGGAGAGGAUGUCAGUCAUCUGGGACAAGGCUGUGGUCACUGGUAAAAUGGAUGAGAACAUGUUUGUCGCUGUGACAAGCACCAAUGCCGCCAAGAUCCUGAACCUGUAUCCACGCAAGGGUCGGAUAGCCGUGGGCUCAGACAGCGAUCUGGUUAUCUGGGACACAGACGCCAUCCGGACCAUCACUGCUAAAACACAUCACUCUGCAGCGGAGUAUAAUGUGUUCGAGGGCAUGGAGCUGAGAGGUGCGCCCCUGCUGGUCGUCUGCCAGGGGAAGAUUGUUCUGGAGGACGGGAACCUGCACGCGACCUCCGGCGCCGGACGCUUUAUUCCCUGCACCCCGUUUCCGGACUUCGCUUACAAACGUGUCAAAGCCAGGAAACAGAUGGCCACGCUGAAGGCGGUCCCCAGGGGCAUGUAUGACGGCCCCGUGUCUGAGUUUACAGCCAUGUCGAGGGGAGGAACACCGUCCGCCUCCACCCGGUCCUCACCCACCAAAGCCCCUCUAAGGAACCUCCAUCAGUCCGGCUUCACGCUAUCCGGUCCUGAAGAAGCCCCCAUCAGACCAGCGGGACGACGCAUCGUUGUGCCCCCUGGUGGCCGCUCCAACAUCACCUCUCUUAGUUAGAUAUAAAGAGCAUGUAAGAGGGACCGCCAGGAUAAAAUCAACCAUGUAGAAGUAAGGUGAUUAGUCAGGAAAAGAAACGUAAAACACUGAACUCAUGCCUUACCCUUCACGAUUUACUCCUGCUGAGCGACUGAAGAUCAGUAGUCCACCUCUGAAGAAAGCAAAGCCCGUUCAAAUAUUAGGGCAUUUAGUGUAGCGUUCUGUUCGUUUAGAUGUGUUUAGAGAAACUGACCUAGAAGACAUUAGAAUUACAGUGAACCCGACUUUGUUUGGAUGGUUU